AGAGGCUCUCAGAUCAUCUAUGCAUUUCUCAGUGUCUCUCUAAAGUGUGUGUCUGUGACUGGAGUUUCAAAGCACACAGAAGAGAAACACCAACACCCAUGGGGCUGGGGAGUUCCCAUCCGAAGCCGUUCCCAGGAGACAUCCUGGAGUUUCCUCUGAAUAAAUACUUCUCCCAUUUUGGAAUUUAUUACGGAGAGAGGGAUGGAGUGCCCUACGUAGCACAUCUUACCUGCAGAGACUCGGAGACGAAGCUGCUGUUAUUUGGUCGAGCCCUGAAGUCAGAGGUCAAACUGGACCCAGUGGAGGUGGUGGGACGGAAAUACAAGGUGAGGAACUUGCUGGAUGAGGUCCAUCCUCCCAGGGACUUCUACUCUCUGGUGAAACCUGCUAUAGACGACAUGAUAGGUAGAGACGUCACCUUCGACAUCCUGUUUCAUAACUCUGAACACCAGGCCACGCUCUUCAGAUACGGACUCAAGAAGUCCACCCAGAUUGAAAAGGUCUACUCCCAGAUCCUGCCCACCUGGAAGAAGCCGUUUGAGAAGAAGAAGUUGUAACCAUGACGACGACCGUGGCUGUGUUCUAGAUUGGAACACGGUCUACAGUUUAAUUCCCUCUAGAUAUCUACUAACGAGGUACAACAAGGAGAAUCAUAACAGUAUUUUUUUUUUAAAUGUAACUCAUCAGUGUAGGAUGCUGAUAUAGAGUCAAUUAUAUUUCUGAGUUUUUACAUUCAGGGUUACAUUGAACACUGUUUUUUUAUAUAUAUAUAUUUUAUAUAUAUAUAUAUAUACACACACAUCAAUAAAAUACAGUAAAACACUU